GAUCAACAUUGAGACCAGCAUGGUACAUACAAGACUGAUCUAGUCGGAUCUGCAGCUUUGUCCAAGGAUUCUCGUUCUUCAAGCAAUAUCAUUUCUUUCACCCACGCGAAAAAUAUCUACCAGAUUUCUGCGGCUGGUGUGCGGUUCGAGAUGUCGUCCCAUUCAGUCAAAAGAAGGCGGUUGAGCCCUUCCACUCACACUGCUUCGCCAAGUGCCCCAUUCCCAGAAAACGUUGAUGCUCCUACAUUGUCCUCGUCUCCCCAAUCACCGCAUGGAAAAAGUUCCGCGAAGGCUACUCGGAACACUGAACAACCUACUACAAGCAGAAACAGACAGGGGACUCACGAUGUCACGGCUGAAUUUGCGCUCGCAAGCGGCGUCUAUAAGUCCAGCUUCUUCAAGUUACAGAUGGACGAGCUAUUGACUGGGCUGCGGCCGAAUUAUGAUAGACAAGUCGCGAGGCUUCAAGAGACACUUCAUCAAUUGAAGAGUAUCAUUGAACAUAUCCCAGAGCGACCAUCUCAAUCGGCAUGGGAAGCAGAGAAAGAGCUGCGUAGCGCACAUGGAAUCACGGUGCCCUUUCCUGAACCCCGGCCCGGCAGGGAUGUGAAGUAUUCUUUCACAUAUGUCAAACCAAUCAAUGUCAAUGUGGUAGGCAGUCUAUCGCUUCAAACAGGGGCUAAGAGCACCGAUCCAUUAAUGGUAGACUUGGCGGUGACCAUGCCCAGCUCUAUCUUCCAGGAGAAGGACUAUGUCAAUUACCGAUACUUCCAUAAACGCGCAUACUAUAUUGCCACUAUUGCCGCUGGCAUCAAGGCAGCUGAUCUCGAUUUGAACGUCAAGUUCGCACUUCAGGAUGGCGACAGUCUUCGGCCUGUCAUCGUUCUUGAGCCGACCGCUUCGACCAAACCUGGACACCUGUCAACCAAACUACGAAUUCGUGUCAUUACAGCCAUUGAGGAUUCUUUAUUCCCAGUGUCACGCACUCUGCCCUCAAGGAAUAAUAUACGUCAAGGCGCAGCAGAUACUCCCACAUCCGAAGGCGCUACUCCGGUCUACAAUGCUUCGCUUCGAUCGGAGGCCGCGGUAGCACUCUAUCACAAAUAUCUUUACUCCAGCAUUCGCAAAUGCGAAUCCUUCAAAGAUGCAUGUAUUCUGGGCCGGACCUGGCUUCGACAGCGCGGAUUUGGAUCGUCAUAUCAAUCGGGUGGGCUCGGUGGCUUUGAGUGGACAGCUCUGAUGUCAUUACUGCUCGAGGGUGGAGGCCCUAAUGGCAAGCCUGUCCUCUUGAAAUCUUACAGCAGCUAUCAGCUAUUCAAGGCGACACUGCAGUUCCUUGCCGGAAGGGACCUAACAAGUCCAUUAGCAAUGUUUGCAACGGACUUGUCAUUCCCUGGCGAAUCUCCUGUUCUGUACGAUGGCAAGCGAGGAUUGAAUAUUCUUUAUAAGAUGACCCCCUGGUCCUAUGCCCUCCUUCGCCGAGAAGCAGACGUCACAGUGAAAAUGCUAAACGAGUCCCGCGAUGACAAUUUCGAAAAAGUAUUCAUCCUCAAGGCCAACGAACCAACGUUGAGAUUUGAUCGACUCAUUGAACUUCCAGCCCCAGCAAGUGGGAACAGUCUUCAAGAUCUAAAGAAAGAAAACAAGAUCUAUGAAGUAUUAGUCAGGGCGCUGGGGGACAGAGCCGGGCUCGUUCAUCUGCGUGGUUGUGCCCCAGAGCCUUGGCAGGUUGACACGAAGCCCAAUCGGAGAACGGGGCAUCAAAGCCUACUUGUGGGGUUGAUGCUUGAUGCAGAGAAUGCUACACGUGUUGUGGAUCAUGGCCCGGCCGCUGAACAGAAAGAAGAAGCCGCAUCGUUUCGAUCUUUUUGGGGAGAGAAGGCUGAGCUAAGGAGAUUCAAAGAUGGCAGUAUCAGGGAGAGCUUGGUCUGGUCAGAUCUUGCGACCGCGCCCUCUAUCAUAUAUCAGAUAUCGACGUAUAUCUUGAAGCGUCAUUUUGGCUACCCCGAUUCCGGAAUCAAGUUUGUUGGUGAUGAAUUUGACCGAACACUUUGCAACAACGGGGAUGGCAUUAUCUUAUACUCCAGCCCCCAUUUCCAAACGAUUCAUGAUGCGUUCAAUUCUCUGCAACGGUCUGUUCAGGAGAUGGAUGAAGUGCCUCUAACAGUUAGGCACCUAGCACCAGCCAGCCCGCUUUUGCGCUAUGCUGCUCUUCGUCUGCAAUGUGAACAUGACGUGCUUUGUGGUCCCGUGGACAUUGUUCUACAAUUCGAAUCCUCGGCUCGCUGGCCGGAUGAUCUUGUGGCCAUUCAAAUGACCAAAAUAGCUUUCCUCGUGAAAAUAGGUGAUUCGUUGCAGUCAUCUGGAGCCGCAUCCGCAUGCAAAGUAGGGCUGGAGAAUGUGUCGAGCAAGAUCCUCAAUCGUGCGUUCCUCGACAUCACGCAUUCUUCCAACGUCCUCUUUCGCCUUAGGAUUCAUCACGACAGAGAGCAAAUGCUCUUGGCGCGCCACAUGAAGGACAAAGGGGUCCCUCUGCCGAUGAAGCAAGAGCUCGCUUACGCUCUAUCUGAAUACAAACGACUGUUUGUUCAAACCCCUCGGCUCACACAGGCAAUUCGUACCUUAUGCACCCGAUUCCCACUUCUUUCGCCAACGAUUCGCCUUGUGAAGUAUUGGUUCAGCUGUCAUCUGCUUACGGAGCAAAUUCGAGAAGAGACCGUGGAAUUGCUGGUUGUUCGAGUCUUCACGCUGCCAUAUCCAUGGGAUACUCCGUCGAGUAUCAUGACUGGAUUUUUAAGGACUCUCCAGCUUCUCGCACGUUGGGAUUGGCAGCAGGAGGCUUUAGUCGUCGACUUCGGAGGUCUAGACAAGAGCACCGUGGAAGGCUUACAGACUCGCUUUACAGCAUGGCGACAAAUUGACCCGGCAAUGAGCACGGUUACCCUCUUUGUGGCUUCUGAUAUAGACCCUGAUGGUGUGACCUGGACUCAGUAUGAAAAGCCCUCUAAGGUUGUGGCGGCCCGCAUGUGCACCUUAGCCAAGGCUGCCAUGACAUUGGUUCGAGAGAAUGGGUGUGAUUGUGAUGUGACAGAACUUUUCCGCACAUCCUUAGCACCUUACGACUUCAUCAUCAGGCUUCGUUCAAAGCUGCUGCAUGAUGUCUCCACAUCAUCAACCACAUUCAAAAUUGCUGAUAGACGGGAGAAGCUUCAGGCCACUGGACAUACUGUUGUCCAGUCCUUCAUUCAGGAUCUGCAGGCGUGUUACAGUCCAAAUAUCCUCUUUUUCCACAGCGAUGAAAAUCCGGGACUUGUUGCAGGGCUCUGGAAUCCUCAAAUUCUCCAGCCUAAAGGCUGGACGUUGAAAAUGGCGUACUCUACUUCUCCCUCAGGCCUGAGAGAUCCAAAAGAGAGCGACGAAGUGAUAAUUAAUCGUCCGGCUAUCUUGAACGAAAUUUCGAGGUUGAGUAAAGUCAUGAUCGACAGCAUUGAACUUCAUGGUAUUGACGAGGAUCUGGUAUAAUCACAUUUCGUGAUCAUGUACAAAGAUUAUUUACAAAUACAGUAGACCUCACAAAGUCAAAAUCAGGCCAGCAGUGGAUCCGAAAAGAAAGAC